AUGUCGGUCACAGAGGUCAAACGCUCUUCCAGUUCGAUGGAGAUCCAGGAGACUAGCCAGGAAAAAGCCAUUGAAGUGAGAGGAGGUGAAGUCGAGGAUCCUCACAAGCCCAAGAAAAGUCUCAUCUCGGAAAAUUACAAUCUGGGAAUUGGAGAUGAGGAUCCUACUGACGACGAGCUUCAUGGCGCCAAUGCGCUGCGUCGUGUAUCUGCUCCUAUCCCAUGGGCAGUGUACACGGUCGCUUACGUAGAGUUGUGCGAACGUUUCUCUUACUACGGAACUCAAAUUUUGUACUCCAACUUCGUCAACCACGCUUUACCCCAGGUCGACGGCCCCGCUGGUUCGAAUCACAACACUGGUGCAGGUGGUGGCUCCUCUCAGGGUGUCUCUGGAGCUCUUGGUAAGGGCGUGGAGGCCGCCAAUGGAAUCAACACUUUCAAUACCUUCUGGUGUUACUUGGUGCCCCUUGCCAGCGCCUGGCUUGCCGAUGAGCACUGGGGUCGAUACAAGACUAUCUGCUGGUCUAUUGCUAUUGCUAUCUUCGGUCAUAUAAUUCUAGUCAUUUCCGCCAUUCCUCCGGUCAUCACGAACACACCUGCUUGUUACGGCGUUUUCAUUGUCGGUGUCAUUAUCAUGGGCUUGGGAACAGGUGGUUUCAAGCCUAACAUUUCGGCCCUGGUCGUUGAACAAAUCCCAGCCAUUAAUAUGAAGGUUCGCACGUUGCCCUCAGGUGAGCGCGUGAUCAUCGAUCCUACGAUCACGCAGAGUCGUAUCUACCACUACUUCUACCUGUUCAUCAACAUCGGUGCUCUGAUCGGACAAAUUGGCAUGGCCUACGCCGAAAAGUAUGUUGGCUUUUGGCUGGCAUUCUUCCUGCCUACACUCAUGUUUUUGACAUGUCCUUUGAUCAUGUGGUGGGGACGCCACCGUUACCGCCAGUCUCCUCCCCAGGGCUCAAUUACAUCCAAGGCAGCCCGAGCAUUCUGGUACGCUCUCAGUAAACGCUGGCACUGGAACCCCGUCAAAUUUUGGAAGCGUACUCAUGACGGUUCUCUAUGGGAGAAUGUCAAGCCAUCUAACAUUCCCCAGAGCCAGCGCCCUCACUGGAUGACCUUCGAUGAUGCCUGGGUCGACGAGGUGCGCCGUGGAUUCGCUGCAUGUGCUGUUUUCUGCUACCUCCCACUGUACUGGUUGGCAUACAGCCAACUUACCAACAACUUGACCGCACAGGCUAGUACAAUGGCCCUGGGUGGUGUUCCCAACGAUGUCAUUAACAACCUGGAUCCAUUCGCAUUGAUCAUCUUUAUUCCCAUCUGCGAUACAUUCCUGUACCCCGCUCUGCGAAAGAUGGGCUACCGUUUUACAGCCAUCAAGAAGAUCUUCCUCGGCUUCAUCUUCGCUUGUCUGGCCAUGGUCUGGUCCGCUGUUGUGCAGCUCUACAUCUACAAGAAAUCGCCCUGUGGAUACCAAGCCAACAACUGCUACACUGCCGAUGGAGCCAUCCGUAACGCACCACUGAACGUGUGGAUCCAGACAGGUGCCUACGUCCUGAUUGCGUUCUCUGAAAUCUUUGCCUCCAUUACAUCUCUUGAGUAUGCUUACUCCAAGGCUCCACGAGGCAUGCGUUCCCUGAUCCAGGCUAUUGCCCUCUUCGCUAAUGCCAUCUCCGCCGCUAUUGCCGAGGCACUGAACCGUCUGUCCAGCGAUCCCCUCCUCGUCUGGAACUACGGUGUCUUUGCCGUCUUGGCUGGUCUGGGUGGUGUAUUCUUCAUCUGGCAAUUCUGGGGUCUGGAUCAGGAAGAAGAUGAGCUUAACAACUUGCCCGAGGGUCAUGUUAUGGCUGAUGAGAAGAUUGCCCUUGAGGUUGCCGAGAUUGGCCCUGUUAAGGGAUAA